CACUCUCUGACACCCUGAGACACAUCUCCUCAGCCCUCCCCUCACAGCCUCUCACUCCCUCUGUCUGCUCAUUUGCAAUGCAAGGCUCACUUAUCAUUGAGGCUCUCAGCUUGGGGAUGUGUGUCUGUGCUGCAGAUCGCUCAGCCUGCUGCUUGCUGCAGGGAGGAGGCUUUAUCUGAUGCUGCCCUCUGCCCCAUCUCUUCCUCAGUUUAAGGAGGGUGGAACCCCUGAUUCAGUAUCUGGAUGGAGCCCCAGCAAGGGCCUGGUACCUCAGACCAGAGAAGCAGAGAGUGAGGUUGGCCCUCACCCUAGUGCCCCCGCUGAGGUGACUGUAGAAGAACCUCAACAAUCCCUGGUGGCUGAAGAGCAAUCAGGAGUCCUGGCUCCUACGUCAGGGCUGCUGCAGGUCACAGAAAGAAGACAACCACUCAGCAGCGUCUCCUCUCUUGAAGUGCACUUUGAUCUGCUGGACCUGACAGAACUCACAGAUAUGUCUGACCAGGAACUGGCCGAAGUGUUUGCUGACUCAGAUGAUGAAAAUCUGCACAAUGAACCACCCCCAGGUCUACAAUUACCUCCAUUUCCUAGAGCUGGGUAUCUGCGCUCUCCAUCUUGGACCCGAUCAAGAGCUGAAAGGGAGAAGAAACAUCUCAGCGACUCAGAACUGCAAGGAGGACUGCUGGACACGUACUUCUCUGCAGAGAGAUCCAAAGAAAACUAACAAUAAGAAAGCCUUUAACCCAACAAUUUUGGUCCCUGUUGCCCUCAUAUCAUCCAUAUCAGGGAUUGGACCACAGAAAGUGCCAACACCAUAGCUCUCAAAACUGCAUUAACCACUGAGACUCAAUAGAGGCCAUCUCAGUACUACUACUUCUAAUAUUCUCUGGGAUGAUAGGGCCUGCUCAGCACAUGCAGCUCAGAAAGGUCCAGGCUGGGACUUAUCUAUAGUAGGAAUCUAUUAGUAGUGGGGCUUGGAUGAACAUCAUCUACUCGUACAAGUGCAAGUAACACAAGACAAAAGAUGAAUUGGAGACUUGGUAGAAGCACAGACUGUACUGGGAAUAUGAGACACAACAAUACCAGCUGUAGAAUGAAUAUAGUAUAUGAAUGCGUACAUUGGAGGGCCCCAGUACAGUAGCCAUGACAGACUGCCAUUCAAUCCAUAUAGAGGUCCUACCUGGUGGUCAGAGAUGCAAGGAUAUAAUAGGAAGCACUGAGCCUGUGCUAAGUAGUUUAGGACUCUAUCAUAGAUAGUUAUCAGCACAUUUUAAUUGGUAGCAUAGAAGAAAGAGGACAACCUGCUCCAUGAAUGUAGAACUGCAUGAAGAUCUGGAUGAGCAUUAUCACCUCUGUAUAACAAGAGAUGAGGACUUAACAUAACUUUUUUCAUAAGCACAGAAUUUCCCCCCACCGCCUUAAAUUACACCUCCAUCCACAACACCUCAGAAUCCAUUUUGCGGGGAUGCUGUGGGACACGGACUUGCUAUCUGCCCCUUACUGUGCAGCCCUUUCAUGGGGAGUUGAGGUGCAUAAGCCCUUAUUUAUAUGAGUUGGUGUUCCAUCCUCUCGCAAAAGCAACAUUACAUUACAAUAUGUGUUCUGGUGACCACUUUUGUUUUGUUACUAUGGUGACACUUUUGCACUUUAUAAUGAUGUGGCUGCACCCCACAGCAUUGGGAUUUUGCCCUUGCGAGGGCUUUCUGGCACUUAAAUGGUUUGUCAUUAUAGUUACAAAGGUUCUGUUGCUUGUAACAUGACGCAUUAAAAUCAUCCUGAACCACA